AUGUCCCGCUCCAGGAUCCCAAUUCUUCGAGGAACUCUCCCAACCUCUAUCCGAUCAUGCUUACAACCACGGCUAAGCAACCACAGUAUAUGUUGGACAGCUAUUCGAGCAGCCUCUACCACGUCCUCAGCGAAGGGCAAACAUCCUCCAGGUUUUACGCCGCCCACAGCAGAAGAUCUCUACGAGCUGCGCGACAGAGUGCAAGAAUUUACCCGACGCAACAUACCUGAAGAAGUGGCUCAAAGGACAGACCACGAGAAUGAGUUUCCAAACGAGAUGUGGCAAACAUUCGGCGAAGCUGGCUUUUUAGGUCCUACUGCACCGGAAGAAUAUGGCGGGUUAGGAAUGGGCUAUCAAGCACACUGCGUAAUUAUGGAGGAGAUCUCGCGCGCAAGUGGGAGUAUAGGUCUGAGCUAUGCGGCGCAUAGUCAAUUGUGUGUGAACCAGAUAUGUUUGAACGGCAACGAGGACCAGAAAGGCAGGUUUCUACCGGGCCUGCUUUCGGGUGAGAAGAUUGGUGCUUUGGCUAUGAGUGAACAUUCUGCUGGCAGCGAUGUGGUCAGCAUGAAGACUACUGCGAAGAAGGUGGAUGGUGGUUAUCUCAUAAAUGGCACCAAGAUGUGGAUCACCAAUGGUCCAGAUGCUCAUUGCAUCGUCGUCUAUGCUAAGACUGAACCUGAUGCAGGGUCCAAGGGUAUCACUGCGUUCCUAAUGGACACGGGGGCAAAAGGCUUCUCGGUUACCAAGAAGUUGGACAAACUAGGUAUGAGAGGUUCAAAUACUGGAGAACUAGUGUUUGAAGAUGUCUUCAUACCUGAGGAGAAUGUGCUCGGACAAGUCAACAAAGGCGUCAGAGUACUGAUGGAGGGUCUCGAUAUUGAAAGACUGGUAUUGAGCUCCGGACCAUUAGGUAUUAUGCAAGCUUGCAUGGAUAUCGUUCUUCCGUAUACACAUCAAAGAAAGCAGUUCGGCAUGCCUAUAGCCCAUAAUCAGCUUGUACAAGGUAAGCUGGCUGACAUGUACACCAAGCUUCAGGUUUCCCGAGCAUACACGUAUGCGACUGCAAAGAAAGUCGACGAGGAAGGUAUCAUCAAGACUCAGGAUUGUGCAGGUGCAAUCUUGUAUGCAGCCGAACGGGCCACUGAGUGCGGCCUUGAUGCAAUUCAGCUCAUGGGCGGUACAGGAUAUGUGAAUGAAGUUUCGGCUGGUCGACUGAUGAGAGACGCUAAGCUGUACGAGAUUGGUGCUGGCACUAGCGAGGUCAGGAGAAUGGUCAUUGGUCGUGCCUUCAACAAGGAGUAUGCUGAUCAAAGUCUGUAA